AUGGGAAGUAGCAGUUCGAAACGCUCAAGCAGAAGCAACAGUCGCAGUUCGUCUUCUACUUUGGUACAGAAUCCUCAGCAGAAUUACUACGCGCCACAACAUUCCUCUGCGGCUCCUGUUUCCUCUAACAAUUAUGGAUUUCAAACGUCUUCACAGCCACAGAAGAAACAAGGCAAUAAGUAUUCGCUCAUCCGCGAUGACUAUCGUUCCAUUGAUGAGGUUACGGCAGCUCUUUCGCAAGCCGGUUUGGAGUCAUCGAAUCUGAUUGUUGGUAUUGAUGUCACAAAGAGCAACGAGUGGACAGGAGAGAGAUCAUUCAACAGGAAAAGCUUACAUGACAUUGGACCAACUCCAAACCCGUACGAGCAAGCGAUUUCCAUCAUCGGAAAGACUUUGUCCUCUUUUGAUGAGGAUAACUUGAUCCCUUGUUAUGGAUUCGGAGAUGCUACAACACAUGAUCAGGAUGUCUUCAGUUUCUAUCCGGAUGAUACAUUCUGUAACGGGUUUGAAGACGUUCUUACGCGCUACAGAGAGAUUGUUCCACAGCUUCGUCUUGCAGGACCAACUUCUUUCGCACCCAUUAUCGAAAGGGCCAUGACGAUUGUGGAAGAAAGUGGAGGGCAGUACCAUGUUCUUCUCAUCAUUGCUGAUGGACAGGUUACAAGAAGUGUUGAUACACAGCACGGUGGCCUCAGUUCACAAGAACGAAAAACCAUUGAUGCCAUUGUUAGAGCAAGUCGAUAUCCGUUAUCGAUAGUUCUUGUUGGUGUUGGAGAUGGUCCUUGGGAUACAAUGAGACAGUUUGAUGACAACAUCCCCGCUCGUGCCUUUGACAAUUUCCAGUUUGUUAAUUUUACGGAGAUUAUGUGGAAGAACAUUGAUCCUGCAAGAAAAGAAGCUGAGUUUGCACUAUCCGCUUUGAUGGAGAUCCCGGCUCAGUAUAAGGCUACUCUCGAGCUCGGCUUACUCGGACGGAGAGCUGGAAAUUGUCCAAACAAGAUUGCUCGUCCACCACCAGUAAGUGGUAUGCAUCGAUAUUUAAGCAGCAACAGCUCGAAAAGUUCUUGGUCAAGCAGUGUUGCCACGGCACCGCCUUGCUCAACUGGUAGUAACGAGAGCGAGGCUUGUCCGGUCUGUCUGGUUAAUACAAAGAACAUGGCAUUUAGCUGUGGACACCAGACUUGCCAAGAUUGUGGAGAAGCCAUUCAAGUCUGUCCUAUUUGCCGCUGCUCAAUCGCAACUCGUAUCAAGCUCUACUAA